CCGGCGGGUCGAGAUUCAGUCUCGAAUGGCAACGACCCAGGUUACCACUACCCCAUCAGUGCUUAUCUUGUUUUACUAUCUAAUAUUUAUCAUUAUUAUGUUCGCGAAUUUGGCGGGCCGAUGGGUUUCUCGGAGGGACUGGGUGCAUCUGUGCAGUGGUUCCACAUUCCACCCUUUUCCAUACCACUACCACCACCAUCUGAGCUCACUGUCUUUCACAAUGUCGAGGGACAGUCCUCACCUCGAUGAGAUGCCUUACUCAAGGGAGCCUCUCAAGACAUUAUAUGUGGCUCAGCGUCUUCUCACCACUAUGUUGCUUGUCCCGUUUUGGGUUUUAUACUACGCUUGUGUACCACGUUCGCGCCGUCCCCGCCCUUCAUGGUCGUUAAAGCAAAUUGUCUCUGUCAACUUCAUGAGAAGGGUCUAUCGGGUUGCCGAAGUCGCAGGCGUUACAUGGGGCACUCGCGACCCAGACGCAAACUGCGACAAUCGCACUCUGAACGAAACAAGGUUUGAAUGGGUUGAACCACUUCCGGAGGACCUCCGCAGCGGUAUUGUAGUCGAUGAUCAAGUGCCAUUCCGAAGGGUAGGCAUCUGUGUAUGGCCGAAGCACAAGCCUGCUGGUGAGCAUUGGAUGUAUACCUCCGCAUCCGUACGAUAGAGUGAGUACGACGGGUUUUCAGGCCUCGAAGACCUGGAGGCUCACGCUGGUCAAACUCCCGUUAUUGGUAUCUUUCUCCACGGGGGAGGCUAUUGCCAUAUGUCGGCACACGAGAAGAGCAAGACCUCCAAGAUACCACGCCGACUUAUGCAGGAUAAGGCCUUUACAGAAAUACACUCUGUUGAGUACCGGCUACUACAACAUGCGCCGUUCCCAGCUGCAGUUCAAGAUGCAGCCGCGGUAUACGCACAUCUGGUCCGACGUCAUACAUGUCUAAAUAUACCUUCUGCGAGUUCUUCCAAGGCGACGUCUGAAACUUUUACAGACAGAGACAGCCAGAAUCAGGACCACAUACACGGAACUACCGGUUCUGACGGACAUUUGACUAACAUAGAAUAUACCAAAUCCAAGGACUCUAAGGACAGUAAGAACAAUGAGAUACACGGGAAAAAUGAGAAGCAGACCACAGGAGUCACUACGAAGGUUACGGAGACGACAACAUACGAGAAGCAUUGCAAGAUCAUACUCAUAGGAGACUCUGCUGGCGGAAACUUGGUUCUUGCUUUGGCACGAUGGAUUAGAGACGAGGCUAGGUUACCUGCUCCAGAUGGAUUGCUCCUGUUAUCCCCAUCUUGCGAUCCGUCACAUGCGUUCCCUGAUACACCUUCAUGCUACGUUCCCCGGCCCCAUGCGGAGACCGACUACCUCGUCGACACACCAGAGCCUCGUGCCCUUCUCCAGCGGACGUUUCUAGGCCACAACCCACUAGAAACGAUGCACAGUCCCUACGUCAGUCCAGCCUCCCAACGCGUCCUUAAGGCGUUUUACGGUGACCAGUUUGCCACGAGCGUCGAAUCACUAACUAUCCGCGCUUUGGACGCGGAAGUUCGGGCGAAUAUUAGGAACAUGAUCAGUGUCCCGUCAACGCCAGUCCUUGGUGGUGAACUCGAGCGAAGCCCAACGUCACUCCGAAGACCUAUGAUGGCGAGUCCAAGAGGCUUAAGUUUAUUCACGGACUUCCCAAGGACAUGUGUCGUACUUGGAGACGCGGAGAGGCUGGAACGGGAGGUUAUCAAGCUCGUGGGAGCUAUGGAGAGAGACGGCGUCAAGGUGCGGACGGCGUGGGUUGAAGAUGGUGUACAUGAUGUUUUAAUAAUGGGUUGGUGGGAUCAGAAGGUGAUCGAUAAAGUUUGGACGGAGGUGGAGGCUUGGGUGGAUGACGUUGCAACGUCAAGGACUGUCGCAAGCUAAAAGCCAGCGAACUAGUUUGUAUUGUAUUUGUCUAAUAUGUAGCAUGGUAUACGUUGUAUCAAUAACAUGUGCUGGUCGCAUAUGUUGCAUCUUUUGUUGGCAUUCGUACGCAGUUGUUGUUGCAACCUCUAAAAGCCGCUCUGGUGCAAAAAUGUGC